CGGCGGCUCGCCCAUGAAACACACUUGCCUACUUACCAUAAUUGUCCUCUCCUCCUCCCACCUUGCGCGCCGCGCCCCGUUGAUCAAUCCUUUGAUCCAGUGAUCGAGGUCAACCUCUCUCUUCCGCUCUCGCUCUUUCCCUCUCGCUCUCUCUUCCCUGUGCUUCUUUCCCCCUCCUCUCCUCUCCUCUCCUCCUCUCCUCCUCGCCCUGCAUCCCUCUUCACCAAGCGACGAAGUGUCCCUGCGAUGCCUGCACGGCGCACCUACAGAGCCCCGGCGCGGAAUGGCUGUUUUGAGUGCAGGAACCGGCGAAUCAAGUGUCCGCAGGAGCACCCCCAGUGCUCCCAUUGCACCAGUGAUAACAUAAUAUGCCAAUACCUCUCCUCAUCCACCUCGCUGGUCUGGCCCCGGGUCAAGUCUCGCUCCACUACCCCGACCAUCCCCCCGUCCCGAACGGCCUCGCCCUCCCACGUGAACCCCCGCAUCUUCACUGAGUAUCGGGUCGUCAUGGACACCGUCAUGCCCAAGACACCCGUGGGGGAACUCAAUAUCCAGGACUUGGAGUUGAUGAUGCAAUGGUGCACCACCACCUACCGGUCCGUCUCUCGGAACAGCCUGGUCGAGGGCAUCUGGCAGGGCGUCGUCCCGCGGGAGGCCAUGCGCCACCCAUUCCUGAUGCACGGCAUCCUGGCCCUCUCCGCCCUGCACCUGGCUUUCAGCAGCCCUCCCGGCCCAACGAAGGACGACUACAUCCGGACCGCCCAGACACACCAAUCUCAGGCCGUGGCCGGUUUGAGCAAGGUCACGGGGAGCCUGGACCGAUCCAACUGCAACGCCGCCUUCGCCCUCUCGAGUAUAAUGGUUGUCUUCUCAUUUGCCCUGCCCAUCACCGCGGCACGCACGGCCACCCCGCCCGCCGGGGUGUUGGACGAACUUUUCGAGAUAUUCCGGUUCACGCGCGGGUCGGUGGACGUGCAGGGAGAAAUCAUUGAAUCGGUAGCCGAUGGCGAAUUCAGCCCGCUCCUGGAGUACGACAAUUCCCAGCCUAAGAUGCCCGACACGUCGCGACUGGCGAUCAUGUCGCUGUCGCGGAUGAAUGCCACACUUGCCGGCCGCGAUGCCGCCCAUGAGAAGGACACGUACGACACAACCAUCCGGUAUCUGGGAUACUCGCUGGACAAGCUCGCGCGGGGCGGAGAAACGAUGAUCAUCGCAUUUCAGUGGAUUUUUCAAAUCCCCCCUCGAUAUUUGGACCUGCUCCGGGCGAGGCAGCAAUUUGCGCUGGUGAUUUUGGCUCAUUACGCGGUGAUCAUCCACUCGCUGCGCGGACAUUGGUGGAUGGGCGAGUGGGGGGCGCGACUGAUCCGGGAGAUCGGCCAGCAUCUCGGUGCCGACUGGCGCGACUCGAUCAGCUGGGUGGUGGACGCGACGGGCUGUUACGUUCCUCCGAUUUGAAGCGGCCCAGGGGCCGAUGAUAACUAUUACUACACAUCUACCUUUCUUAUUUCGGGGCACGGGGUUUCGCACCAUCCACACAUUCCACCGGGCGCGUUGGGAACGCGGCUUAUACGGUCCACGGGAACCGUACUUGAAACAAGUACAACGCGGACGCUGCCAUGGCCCAAGUUCCCACAACAGUCCGACGGUCACCGCUAUCAGCCGGUGACUUCUCA